AGUUUUUUAAAAUGAAUGAGCAAGAAAUACAGUUUCAUAUAGCAGCAGUUCAGGGAAAUUUAUCGCUUGUUCAAAGUUAUUUAAAAGAUAAAAAUGUGAUAAAUGUUGAUUGUACAGAUGAGGUGUCACUCCAUUGACUAGUUUUUAACUAUACGAGUGACACCAAACCUUAUUUAUGAUGGAACUACUGUUUUAAUUCUUGCUGCUGCUAAUAAUCAUCUUCCUAUUGUAAAAGAAGUUCUUAUGUGUGGGGCAUCAGUUAAUGCAAGAAGAAAGACAGGUACCACUGCUUUAUUCUUUGCUGCACAAGGUGGGUAUUUAAAAGUUGUAGAAGAGCUGCUAAACAAUGGUGCUGAAAUAGAUCUGCCAUCAAAUGAAGGAGGGACUCCGCUUUUUGUUGCUUCACAAUGCAAUCAUUUAGAUGUAGUUAAAGAACUUGUUAAAAGAUCAGCUAAUAUUCAUGCACAGAUGAAGGAUGGAGCUACUCCCUUGUUUGUUGCAUGUCAAAAUGGCCACAUUAAUGUAGUGAAACAUCUUCUUCAAAAAGGUGCUCAUGUUGACCACCAAAGAUUUGAUUUAGCCUCUCCUCUAUGGAUUGCUUCCCAGGAAGGUCAUGUUGCAGUUGUUAAAGAACUUCUUGCAGCUAAUGCAACUGUUGAUCUCCAUCGACAGGAUGGAGGAACACCUUUGUUUAAAGCUGCUCAUAAAGGUCAUUGUGAUGUGGUUGAGCUUCUCAUUAAAAAUGGUGCAUCGUUAGAGUUACUUAAGAAUGGUGAAACAGCCCUUCAUGCAGCUGCGUUGUUUGGUCAAAUUAAUGUUGUUAAAAAACUUGUAGAAUCAGGUGCUGAUCCACAUGUUCAAAACAAAGAUGGAUUUAUUCCUUUGGAUCUCGCCAAAGACGCUAAUUUCGACGAAAUUGUUUCGUAUCUUUCUACUGCAAGAAAAUCAUAUUCUACUGCUGUUUAGCUAAUACUUCAUAUUUAUUUAUUUUAACCCUGAAUUUGUUUAAAAAUUAUCGUUUUAUAAAAGAUUUUAUUUUAGAAUUUGAGUCCAAACCUAUGAUCUAUAAUCGUUGAAAAUGUUUCAACUGAUCUGUGUGUUUGUUUUUCAAGGUCUUUUUAUUCGUAACGGAGUACGUUUAUAAUCGCUAAGAUUAAAUUAGCAAUAUUUCUAUAAAAUUAUGUAUAUUUUUUGAAUUUUAUUGUAAAGUUAAAAUCUUCUUACUGACCAGAAGUAUUUAAGUUUGGUUAUUUGAGAUUUUUAAAAUGAAAUUUUUUAAAUUUGAAA